GGAAUGUGCCAACUGCGGGCCCGGCACCCGCGAGCGCCCCGGAGCACGAAGCACCCUGCCCCUCCUCUUGCCAACCGCUUGGCGCGCGGCGGCGGCGUUGGCGGGUGGCGGGCGGCGGGGCCGGGGCUCCUCCUUCCUCGCCGAGGGGGCGACGGCGGCUGCGGUGCGGCGCUGUGCCCGGCUUCCCGGCUUGGCCAGCACGGUCUCCACGGGCGGCCGGCCCCACCCCCGGAACCUGGCCCGAGAUCGAUGUGGAUUCAGGGUUGGCUGUCAACAAUGUCAGCCUAGCUAUCAUCCUGAUGUGCCCCAGUGGAAGAGAACGUGGUGGUGUUUCUGUCGUACCGGUCACUGCAGGAGAUCCUGGAUCCACCCAGUGGCUCUAUCAGGAGUUAAAGAUCCAGAAGCAAUAGCCUAAGGACAAAGGUGACUCCGCGUUUCCCAGCAGAGAGCUGAAGCAGGCGGAUGUAUGGGAAGCCAUUCUCAGUCAUGUCUGCUGGCAGCCUGACGUCAGUUGGGUCUGUACCAGGCGGUGGGCCUCCAGGGAUCUCAGCUACGUGGUUGCAGCGUACAGACAUGAGGGACGAUCUGGGAGUGGGAGCAGGGCAGAGGUCAUUGGUCCCCAAGAGAAUCAGGGUUUUGCACGACUUACCACCAAGACCCAGGCAGCUUGCGUUGCAGUGACAGCAGGACAGGGCCAUGCUGGUGCAGGAAAGUGUGCUGGAGGGCGGCAUCUUGUCUGAGUCCAGUGAGGCAUCUUACCAGUGUUGGUCCUUGAAAGCCUCACGUGUUCUCCCUGCAGCUGCUUGACAGUCUCCUUUGCAGACUCAGCCAUUCAGCCUCAUCUGCAAUCCUCUUGGCAGGCAUCGGCCAUGGGCCUGGGUUAGACUCCUGAAGCUGGGCCUGGCCAAAGUCAGCAAGGUUGGGAAGCUGCACUUGGAACCAAGGGACUUGUUGGCCUCGAGCAGGGUAUCGGAAACAGGCCUGCCAGCACUGGCCGGGGGAGAGUUGAAGGUGUCUUGGGGAGAGCAGCUGGCUGACCCCCGGUAGCACCGCCGUCCCUGUGACAGCACUGCCAGGAUCCAGGCCAUCUGAACAGACAUCUGUCUCAUGGAGCCUCCGGGGGAGAAGCCAGGAGAGGCAGGCAGGCUGCGAAUCACACCCCAGCUGCUGAAGUCACGUACGGGCGAGUUCGCCCUGGAGUCCAUCCUGCUGCUGAAGCUGCGAGGCUUAGGGCUGGCCGACCUGGGCUGCCUGGGAGAGUGCCUGGGCCUUGAGUGGCUGGACCUGUCGGGCAACGAGCUUACCCAGCUGGGCCCGCUGGCCUCCUUGCGCCAGCUGGCUGUGCUCAAUGUCUCCAACAAUCGGCUGACGGGGCUGGAGCCACUGGCGGCCUGUGAGAACCUGCAGAGUCUCAAUGCUGCGGGCAACCUGCUGGCCACUCCCAGCCAGCUGCAGUGUCUGGGCGGGCUGCGGUGCCUCGAGCACCUGCGGCUCCGAGACCCUUUGGCCAGGCUAAGCAACCCACUCUGCACCAGCCCUUCCUACUGGGCUGCGGUCCGGGAGCUGCUGCCUGGCCUGAAAGUCAUCGACGGUGAGCGUGUGACUGGGCGCGGCAGUGAGCUGUACCAGCUGUGCCGAGACCUGGACAGCUCCUUGCACCCCAGCUCCAGCCCUGGCCCCAGAGCCACUGAGGCCAAGCCCUGGGUGGAGCCAGGGUACUGGGAGUCUCGGCCCACCCGGAGCAGCUCCAUCCUGGAGGAGGCCUGCCGGCAGUUCCAGGACACCCUGCAGGAGUGCCGGGACCUGGACCGCCAGGCCAGCGACAGCCUGGCCCAGGCUGAGCAGGCACUUGGCCCCGUGGGCACCACCUCUUCCUUUGUCUUUUGAAUGUGUCCUAUGGCCCUGGACAGCCUGGCAGGUGGCCUUGCUGCCUGCAUCUUCCCUCCUUGGCUUUGAACUUGUCUUCAGUGUUUUCCCACACCAGUCACUGGCCCUGCACUCUGGGCUACUCAUUUAUCCCUGUCCUGAGACCAGCCCCUCUCCCUUUCCCCUCAAGGACAUUUCUCCACCCUCCCUCCACAUACUGCAAGGAUGCACCCCCAAGUGACCUCUAGCAGGUGUAAGGGCCCACAGCUGCUGCCAUUCCUGCUGCUGAAGCCUGAGACUUGGUAGAGGUAAUUACUUCCUCCUAAGGCUACAGGUGAGAAAGGUGGGAUGGGCCAGCCUCCUGUCCCAGUGACCUGGGAUAGUUGGGCAGGGCCCAGUGGCCAGAACAUUCCUUAUCACCCACCUUCCAGAUUGGCCUGUCCAGAUGACCCAUCCUGUGCUGUCCUGGAGCCUUCUCUGCCUGUGCUCACCCAGGCCUGUUCAUUAAACAGCUCUGCUUUCGUUUGCA